UCAAAAUAAGGACAAUCUCAUUUCCCUACGAUCCCGAAAUUCCUACAAACUAUGUUAUUGGUGGCAUUGAAAAAAUACGCGAUCGGUUGUUCAAUCACUGGAAAAUAUAUUUCUUUACGAUUGGUGUAUAUUAUAUCCAAUCGGAUCGAAUUUGCCAUGUGUAACAAUGAUGUCACGAGUUAAUAGAGAGAAUCCUCCUCAUCGAUAUCGAUCAUCAACUCGCAUAUUCCUCCGUGAAGAUGUCCAGCGAAAGCACAAACGACCAGAGGUGCAAAUCUGUCGAUUUGGAUAAUGAAAUACAGUUACUUCAGAGAGUAGGAAGAUCGGGAAGCACAGAGAGUUCCGACAGAAUCAUGGUAGACAUCAGUGGAGAAUUAGUCGACUUUUUAUCACAGGUAGCAAAAACUGUAAUGGACAAGUCAAAGAAUAAAUUUCCUCAGGAACCAGACGAAGUUGUCAGAACGAUAGAAGCAAAUAUGAACAAAUUUUCUCAGCGCUUAAAAAAUUCACAAAACGUUAAACCCGAUGACAGUAUAUGUCUUGCGGAAGUAUAUUUACAGAUGUCCACAAUAUACCAUAACAGCAAUUUUAAAAAGGAAAAACUAUUCAUUGGCGAAGCCUAUCUCAGACAAUGUGUGAUGUUGUUAAGAGACAAAGAACUAGAUCCCAAAGCUAUUCUGACCGUUACGUUAGCUUAUCUUGAAUUAGGUCACCUCUGGGAUAAAUUGAACAACCUUAAUAAUUCGAGGAUAUUCACAAAUAAAGUGUUACAGUUAUACAAGUCGUAUACACAGGACAACAAUCCUGUACCUGUCCGUAUUCUAACCACUAUCGGUAUAUCUGUAGGAGAACAUUCGAUUACAUUAGAGAAAUUAUAUUGGCAUGCCUUGCGGAAUUUAACAUUGUUGUCCUGCAAAAAUAUCAUAUCUGAAGUUGAGCAGCAAAAUAUUGUAAGGCGUAUGCAUAAAUUAUUGGCAAAACAAUUAGAAAGAACACCGUCGGUAGAGCGCAUUGAGUGGACCAAAGACGCAAUAUAUUUAGCUAAAUUGUUUUUAACGUACGAUCGAUUUGCCGAAGCAAAAAAUCACAUUGCUGCUGCAGCCUUUAUGAUGAAGCAAUAUUUUAAUGAGGGUCGUACGACAGUUGAUGACACAGAAACAUUGCCGGAGAAGGAAGUUGUACUGAAUGAGCAAUAUAAUUUUGGGAUGAACAGGGUUAACAUAUGUUGGGCGUGGUACGGAGUUACACUUUUGAACGCGUCAAUGAAACAACUAUUGGACGACAAUAUGGAAGAUGGACCAAGUGGCAAGGCAAGUGACUCACAGUUCAGAAAGGAUUCCGUCAUACAAUUGACAAGGUUAUUAUUUACCAAUUUAGAAAAAGAGCUACAAGAGUUUACCGCCUUCAACAUAGAUACGUACAUUAAGAAUUAUCGUGACGCUAGACAAGUCUUCCAACAUGUUCUAGACAUUCUUUAUGAGGUGAAGCUAUAUGUUAUGAGGUACAAUAAUUUAGAGUUAUAUACAGAGUUUGUUAAAUGCACUUCUAAAGUACACAAAUAUUUUGCGUGCUACGAACAAGACAAAAGCAACCGGAUAGAAAUAUAUGAAAAACGAGUUUUAGCCUUAAGUAAUAUUAUGAGAUCAUUACGUCCGGAAGAUCAUGAAUAUCUAUUUGGGUAUACCUCACUGGAACUUUCAGCUGCUACCUCCGCUCUGUUAGACAUAAAACUUGAAAAUCUCCCGAUAGAGGACGUAGUAAAUUCAUUAGAAAUUAAAGAUUUAGUCAGAUCCAGCGUAAGAGGCUUCCAAUUAUAUUUAAAUCAUUUCCCCAUGUGA